AUGGCUCAAAAGGUUGCAAUUAUCAUCUAUUCCAUGUACCACCACAUCGCCACUAUGGCCGAAGAAGUCAAGAGGGGUAUUGAAGCUGCUGGUGGAUCUGCUGACAUCUAUCAAGUUCCAGAAACCUUAAGUGAAGAAGUCUUGACUAAGUUACAUGCUCCAGCCAAGCCAAACUACCCAAUUGCUACCAACGAAACUUUGACCAGUUACAAUGCUUUCAUGUUUGGUAUUCCAACUAGAUACGGUAACUAUCCAGCUCAAUUCAAGGCAUUCUGGGAUGCUACUGGUAGUUUAUGGGCCCAAGGUGCUUUAGCAGGUAAGAUUGCUGGUAUUUUCGUUUCCACUGGUACCCCAGGUGGUGGACAAGAAUCUACCGCUAUGAAUGCUUUAUCUUGUUUGACUCACCACGGUAUCAUUUACGUUCCAUUAGGUUACGCAAACUGUUUCGCUCAACUCGCCAACUUGGAAGAAGUACACGGUUCUUCUCCAUGGGGUGCUGGUACUUUUGCCGGUGCUGACGGUUCUAGACAACCAACCAAGUUAGAAUUAGAAAUUGCCCACAUCCAAGGUAAGACUUUCUACCAAACUGCUUCUAAGUUCUAA